AGUACUAGUACGCCUUUGACAAGUGCGUGGACAAGAAUUCACGUGACCGAAUACUGACCAACUUGGGAUCAUGAUUGUCCUUCGAUCAAUUGCAUACUAAACCUAGUAUUAAGUAGUACGUAGUGCAUCUAGCUACCCCAGUCUACACCGCUCGACUUAUAAUGGCUUUCGGCGAGGUUGUACACUACGUGACCCAGCCCACAGACUGGCCUGAACCAGUCCGCGGUAUUGCUUCCCUAUUGUCACCAUUUCACUGUCCCAACUGGCCAAGUAAUGAGCAUCUUGCCAGCACGUCAUCCUCGAAGUUCCCGGAGCCACUUUCUUCCAAUGAAGCACCUGCACCGGGAUCAUAUACUGCAAAGGAUUUUCAGGCCUUGAUUCACUCGACAGCCGCAGGGUUAAGCGCACUUGCUGAGCUUCCUCACUACGGUGGCGAGAGAUCCACUGUUCCCCAUUGGUCUCAGCUUCUCCAUGCACUGGCAAACACACUGUCUCCAGAUGUUCUGAUUCUCGAAGAUGCACCGUUCAUCAUGCCACGGUCUCAGAACAUGACGAGUCAGCCGUCAAAUCUCAUUGACGGACAUGCGACUCUUCUUGCUGCACAUGCAAUCUAUUCUACGCCUAGAACUCCUUCAGACAGUUCCACCACCAGCUCACGAGACGAGGAAGACAAUGAUGAAUCGAUGUCUUCUGCAAAUUUUGACUCGUGCGACGGUUCGGUUGACUCACUCGACCUGCCAUUGCAAGCGCACAUGCUUCUGGGUCGAGGCAGACGCCUUUCCGCUGUGGUGCCAGUCUUACUAGUCGCCGACUCCCAUAAUAUUGUUCCCCUACUUUGCAGUGCUCUUUACCAGAGACAUGUAUGGGGGAUCAGUCAGCCUGUGGUCGGCCUGUGCUGUUCCAGCACUGGUACGAUUGCCACGGCCAUCUUCGGAUGGCUCGACUCCGAUCAGUCAGAAGAAGGCCGCAUGCCUACAGCGCACCUCGCUUUAGCAGCAGAUAUCCGCCUAGAUCCCUCGAUUGGGGUGUUUGACUUCAGUGACACCCGUUCUGCCAUCAGCCUCGCGCAAUUUGUUUUGGGGUUGCGGACUCAUUUUCAAGAUAUCAAGGAUGCCACAUCGAUAGAAGCAGUCGAUUCUCUGACUCCGUUGCACUGGAGGUCCGAUUUACCCGAGUUUGAAACUCAGUUUUUGGGACAAUUGGACGAACGAGUGGCGUCCUGGACCCACCAGGUACACGUGCAGACGAGUUCCAGCGAGGCAUCAUCGUCAUCUAAUCCUCGUACUCCGUCCCCGACCUUGGAUACUGCGGUGGUAUCAUAUGAAACGAUGAGUUCUCCCUUACUUCCUACCAUCGUCGAGGAUGGACAAGUUCAUGGCCCAAAUAUCCGGCUGUCUAAAGAGACUCGCGCGACGAACGUGAAAGGACGAGGGUCGCAGCCAUCGUCCUCAAAAAAGUCAUCAAAGAGAGCCAGUCCAUCGCCACAACCGCCAUCUGAGGUUAGGAGUUCGGCUUCAUCGCGUGCACCCAGCCCAUACCCAAACUCGCAGUUUGCCGCAUUGUCUGAUACCGGCCUUGAGGACGGUGUGUCAAUAUCCAAUUGGCUGUUUGAACGCCAUGCGUUCACCGUCGGUCGAAUCCCAGUCCGCUCUGUGGAACUAGCGAAUAGGACCGGAAUUAAUGCAAUGAUCGAAACGUAUGAUGAAAUGACGGCGUUUACCUGGUCUGACAACAUCAAAACCAUACUCUCGAGUGUCGAGGUAGAUAUCUUUGUAUCGGACAUCAGAACAGAACUAUGCAACACGAAUGGCAAUCCCAACUGUCAGUCCAGCACAAUCAAUGCUCCCUCGUCGGAGGAUAUCGAGUUUAUUUCAUGCCGGAUUUCAGCACUGUUGUACGCUGUGAAAGGUGCUCGCCUAUGUGAUGAUGUCGCAAAGUUGCACGGCGCCAACGAAGCCGAUCGGCGUCACGAAUGGGAUGCUCUACUUCUCAACUUCUUCCAACCUGUUCCCAAGCAACGGGAUGUAUUGCUAGAGCGACAGCUGAACUUCACUCGUAAUCUUGUUGCCGAUGACCCUUCUUUUGCGACACGGACCAUCGAGGUCGCUCUCGAAUACCAGAACUUCUGUCUUGAACAGCACCGGUGUGUCCGUCUCACCGCAGAGACCUCUGGCAAUUGGAUGCAGACUGCAGCAGCACGAGAUCAAGCAAUCCAAUUUUCUGACGAUAUUGAGGGUCGCGAUAUGAAGGGGAGUUUUGCUAAAGUGAUUGCACAUCACUCCUCUAUGGAUCCGAUCACUGGAAAAUGUGAUGCUAUCCUCGUCAUUCCAUGUUCCGGCGUUGCUACUGCCAUCCUCGGGCGCAUAUCUGGUAUCGACGAGCAAGAAAAGCUCCUGAAACUUUUCAUGCUAGUCCAGGGUCCAAAGCCGGAGAAACUUGGCGGGAGUACGGGGGAAGCCUCUUACCAGAUUGAAAAGACCGUCGGUCACAGCCGAAAGACCACACCCGGUAAAUCACUUCAGGUCCCCUCCUCAUCUCGUGUAUCAGAUUCCACCAAACCCGACCGAGCCCAGUUGCAAAAUCCGUUUCUUUAUCACCCUGAUGCCAAUCGAGCGACGCAGAAGAAAGAAAUAAUACCUUCCCAGGAUACAUCCUGUGACGAACCUAGUAGACAAGACCUACUACUGCCAGUGCUGUUGGCCGAGUACAAGAAGAGGGACGAGUCCGCAAUUUCGACAGCCAUGAAUCAGAUGAAGACCUACCUGGUUUCGGCGGUUACCUUCCUUUCCGAGUUCGGUAUCACAGACCAGCCCGUCUUUGGACUGGUUGUUAAUGGCGCGCUGGGUGCAAUCACAAUGGCAUGGAAGAGAAACAAUCGAAUCUACGUCAUGGAACGGAACGUCCGACACUAUGAUAUUAGAGACCCUCUUCAGGCGCUUCAGUUUGUAUCUAUUCUGCCGCGCCUCGCGCGUUACGGCCUGGGCCUCCGCCGUCUGCUAGAGAAGCAGCUUCAAUCUAAGCCGUGGUCCAAGUCGGCCCAGCGGCAGGAAGAUGAAAGAUUGGCAGCAGCUAAGCGGGCAGAGUCAGAGCAAGCGGUCGCACAAGAUCGCAGGUGAGGCCAUGCAGAGAGAAAAUAGAGAUUGGAACAUUGUUUUUGUUCGCACUUGGAAUAUCACUUGACCGGUCCAAGUACUGUUUGUCGGUGCUCCGCUACACUCAUAGUUAAGUCUCAUAC